AAGAAGGAGAAGAAAAAAUCCAGCAGGCUCCUCCUCAGAGUCAGAUGACGAGGAUGAAAAGAAGAGUAUGAAGAAAAAGCGGAAGAGAAAAAAGUCCUCGUCCAGGAGAGCAUCAGACAGCUCAGAUGAAGACUCAGAUGCUGAGAGCAAGAAAAGGAAGAGAUUAAAGGAAGAAGGUGACAGAGAUAAGGAUGAAAAGAGCCGUAGAAGAAAAAGAAAGGCUGAGAGAAGUCAUAAAGACUCAUCUUCAGAGUCAUCUGCUGACUCAGAGGAUGAUGAGGCAGCUGAAGCCAAGAAAAAAAAGAGAAGCAGUGAGGAAAGGGAGAAGUUCACAGACAAAUCUAAGAAGAAGAGGAAAAGGAAGCACAAAAAGCACGGCAGAAAAAAGAAAAAGAAGACAGCGUCUCAGUCGGACUCGGACCUCGACUGAAAAUCGUGUCUCCCGUUUUCCUGACAGCUCACUAGUAGAGUCAUUUUUGCCUUUGACUACCAAAAACUUCCCAUCCAGUUUUUUGAACUUCCACCUAAACAGGGAAACCAACAGGCUUGAAUGCUUGCCCUCUACAUGUGAAGUGAAAAUGAGGGGGGUGCCAGUCCCUCCAAAUGGCAGCAAGUGGUGCAUAUCUUUUGUUGUUUUACCACCAUGCUUUUUGUACAUUAUUGGUUUGAGUUACACUCAAAGACAGGACUGAACUCCACACACUCCCCACCCCUUUUUAUUUUAUUUUUUUCUGUGGAGAUUUCAGUGUGCCUGGCACUCCCCGCCAUGAUUGCCCUCUAGGAGUUAGUCCCUGUGCUUUACACAUGACAUCUUCCAUUGCUACACAAGGCUGUUAAUGCUAGUGCCUGCGUGAUGCAUGUAGACAUGAUGACCGGAUGUCUCGCCAGCCUCAUAUUGAAGUUGGCCGUUAUUGUACGAAAUAUGAGCUGCACAGUCAUACAGUAAUACAAGGGAUAAUUGUUAGUGUUAGAUGAGUUGUUACACUGCAGUGUAAAUGUAUAAACAAUGAGAAUUCAUUAAUAAAGUAUUGUUUUAACCUUU